AUCUCCAUGGCAAUGGUCUUCUCGGCAGAACAAGUGGCGUGUGUGUGCGAGGUCCUUCUGCAGAGCGGACGCAUGGAGAGCUUGACUGGCUUCCUCCGCACUCUUCCCCCCUCUUCCUCCUCUUGCCUGGGGGGUCUGGAGAGCGUCCUGAAGGCACGGGCUGCCGUGGCCUUCCAUCUGGGGCGCUUCUCAGACCUCUACGCCCUCCUGGAGGGCUUCCCCUUCUCCAAUCGCAGCCACCCCCUGCUGCAGCAGCUCUGGCUGAGGGCACACUAUCUGGAGGCUGAGUGCCAGAGAGGGCGCCCCCUUGGGGCUGUGGGGAAGUACCGCGUACGCCGUAAGUUCCCCCUGCCAAGAACCAUCUGGGAUGGAGAGGAGACCAGCUACUGCUUCAAGGAGAAAUCCCGGAGUGUGCUGCGGGAGUGGUAUUACCAUAAACCUUACCCUUCACCACGUGAGAAACGAGCGCUUGCGGCCGCCACCGGUCUCACCGCCACCCAGGUGAGCAACUGGUUCAAGAACAGACGGCAACGGGACCGAGCAACUCACGGGAACAGGAAGGUUGUGGACCACUUAUUGGCUCCAACAGAACCCCAGGAGCAGCAUACCCCUCCUCUGACAAUGACCUUUCAUCUCCAGGCACCCCCAGUCCCCCCUUCUCCUGCCCCCAACCCCCACCUCUGA